UACUAGAAAGCCCUGUGUGAAUACUCAGAGUGCUUCCUGCUCUUACCUCCCAGCAACACUGCAAUGAGACGGGAUGUCCAGGAGGGUCAGGCUCGGUGUUUAUCUCGCCUGGGAAGGCACAAGGAGGCUCUGGAUAUUGCAGAAAAAAUGAGAAACUGCGCUACUAACACAGAUCACUUGACGACGGUUCUCAACCUGCAGUUUGCCAUUUACCAGGCUCUGGAAAAUGUAGAAAAAAAGAUCACGUGUCUUCAGCAACUGAUCUGCUUACAUCCUUUCAACCCCUGGUACUGGAAGUUACUUGCUGAAGCUUAUGUGAGCCUUUUACAGAGUUUGUCUCCAUUAGUCAUUCCCGAAGCAAAUCUAGAUCAGUCUGCAGAGGUGAGUGUAAGUGGUAGUAGUUUCAAAACAUCAGCUGAAAGAGAGAUUAAUUUGCAGUCUCGCAGAUCAGAUGGCCAGAAAGAAGGCCUUCGGUCCAGCCUUGCUACAGAAACAAAGGGGGAGGAUGCAGUGACUUGCAGGAGCAGCCAAGCUGUAAAAGAAUUCCCCUGUGCUUCGGAAGAACCAGAAACAACCCAUGAAGGGAAAUGUGCAGCCUCCGAGUCCUGGGAGCAGAACACGCCGAAGAAAGUUGGGAUAAAGGCAUGUGCCUCAUUUAUUAGAGCAAGACUUUUACUUCAGCUUACCCAGUUGCAACAGUCAUCCUUUGCGCUGGAGAACAACAUAAAAAGUCAGAAAGAAAUUGAUGACAAAGUGGAACGACUUGGUUUCAGUGGAGACUCUUUGCUGUUGAUGACCAAGGUCAUGGGACAGGAUCUUAUACCAGAAAAACUAAAAGAGGAAUUUCAGGCUGAGGUAAAGUGCAUAGGCCCUUCAGCGCUGGCAUCAUUGAUAACUGCAUCAGCCACAGAAUUUGAAAUCAAAUGGUUCCGUAAUCUCCAAGAUGAUUUAUGUCGCUUUGACAGUCAAUUCUAUUCAGAUGUAUAUCUCCCACCUUCUGUAACUUAA